AUGGGGGAUGAGUGGACAGAGGACAGUCAGGACGAAGGAGGUGAUGAUGUAGCUGAGAGUCAGCAGGAGGUCAAAGGUGAAGUCAUAUCAGAAGGUAAAACACCAGGUACAGUCCCUAUGACCCCAGGUAAAACACCAGGUACAGUCCCUAUGACCCCAGGUAAAACACCAGGUACAGUCCCUAUGACCCCAGGUAAAACACCAGGUACAGUCCCUAUGACCCCAGGUAAAACACCAGGUACAGUCCCUAUGACCCCAGGUAAAACACCAGGUACAGUCCCUAUGACCCCAGGUAAAACGCCAGGUACAGUCCCUAUGACCCCAGGUAAAACACCAGGUACAGUCCCUAUGACCCCAGGUAAAACACCAGGUACAGUCCCUAUGACCCCAGGUAAAACACCAGGUACAGUCCCUAUGACCCCAGGUAAAACACCACUGUGUACAGAGGCAGUCGCGUGA